AUGCCGCUCAACGCCAAAGCCAUAUACUCCCGGGAAAAUGCGGACUAUGUCCCAUUCCCCAGUCGACGUAGCACCGUCCACAGUACAAAAGGCAUCGUAACAUGCACCCAGCCGCUAGCCGCGGCUGCGGGUCAACGGAUCUUGAGCCAGGGUGGAAAUGCAGCGGAUGCCGCUGUUGCCGUGGCUGCCGGACUUAACAUGACCGAGCCCUGUUCUACAGGUAUCGGAGGUGACAUGUUCUGUCUUUUCUACAAUGCGAAGACGAAGAAAGUGCACGCGCUAAAUGGCUCGGGCCGAUACCCUGGUAGUGCCAGUCUGGAGCAAAUCCGCAAGGACCUCGGUCUUGCUCCUGGCGCGCCGGGCAACAUGCCCAUGCUGAGUGCUCUAUCGGUUACCACCCCCGGAGCUGCUGCCGGGUGGGUGGAUACGGUUGAGAAAUUUGGUAGCGGCAAGUUGUCACUGGAGCAGAUUCUACAGCCUGCUAUCGAGCUCGGAGAAGAAGGUUUCCCUGUGUCGGAACUCGCUUCUCACGGCUGGCACGCAGCUGAAGAGGAUAUCCGCAAUGCUUCCCCUAAUUUCCGUGAGAUGCUCAAGGUGGACCAGACAGCCAAGGAUGGCGUGCGGCCUCCGUGUCCGGGUGAGAUCAUGAAAAAUCCAACCCUGGCCAAGACCUUCCGUGCGCUGGCUGCGGAGGGAAAGAAGGGAUUCUACCAAGGCCGAAUUGCCGAGGCGAUCGUCAAAGUGGUACAGGAUCAAAGCGGUUACAUGGCCCUCGAAGAUCUCGCAUAUCACGCCGAGGUUGGCACCCAGGAGGUCGAUCCGAUCUCACUCAAGUUCACUGGCCAGGAUAUCGUGUCCAAAGCGACGCCCGGCACAGACGGCGACGUCAACCAGGGCGUCGAGAUCUGGGAGCACCCACCAAACGGCCAGGGCAUCGUGGCUCUGAUGGCACUCGGAAUCAUGGAAGAGCUCGAAAGGUCCGACAAGAUCCCCAAAUUCACCGAGGCUCAACACAACUCCGCCGAGUAUCUGCACGCUGUCAUUGAAAGUUUGCGCAUUGCCUUCGCCGAUGCAGCCUGGUGGGUGACAGACCCAGACGUCGAGAGCGUACCGUCACAGGGCCUCCUCGACCCCAAGUACCUCGCCGAGCGGGCGAAACUCUUCACCCCGGAUCGCGCUGCAGAUAUCAUGGACCACGGCAGCCCCGCACACAACCACUGCGACACAGUGUACUUUGCUGUGACGGACAGCGAAGGCAACGGCAUCUCCUUCAUCAACAGCAACUACGCUGGUUUCGGAACAGCCAUUAUCCCCGCUGGCUGCGGCUUCACGCUGCAGAAUCGGGGAGCCAAUUUCUCGCUGCAAGAAGGCCACCCCAAUGCGCUUGCACCGCACAAGCGACCCUACCACACCAUCAUCCCUGCUUUGAUCACCAACAUCGCGGAUGGCUCAUUGCACUCCGUGUACGGUGUCAUGGGUGGCUUUAUGCAGCCGCAGGGCCAUGUGCAGGUCAUGCUCAACAUGCUGGCCUUUGGGUAUCACCCGCAGGCAGCGUUGGACUCGCCGCGCUUCUGUCUCGCUGCGCCGACGGAGGAAACUACGGACCGGACGGUCUGGGUUGAGGAAGGUAUUAGUAAUGAUGCUGUCGAGGGGCUUCGUCGUCUUGGUCACAAGGUUGAGGUGUUGACGGGGUGGAAGCGCUCCGCGUUUGGUCGUGGGCAGAUCAUUCGCUCGUACUAUGACGAGGGCAAACUAGUUUAUGGUGCUGGUAGUGAUUUGCGCGGCGAUGGUAUGGCUUUCCCUGUGGUUUAA